AUGUAUCAGUAUUCUCUCAGUUGGUUCAUCAAUCUAUAUGUCUUGUCGAUUGAGACUGCAAAUAAGAGUAACAUACUCAAGAAGAGGCUUGAUUAUCUCCGAGAGACCUUUACUUACAAUCUUUAUCAGAACGUUUGCAGAUCCUUGUUCGAAAAGGAUAAGAUCCUGUACUCGUUCAUCCUUUGUACGACAAUCCUCCUAGCUAAUAAUGAGAUUUCAAGAGACGAGAUGAACUUCUUUCUUACGGGUGGCCUAGUGUUGAAGAGCAGCUCGGUGGCCAAUCCCGAACCCAACUGGCUUGCCGAUAAAGCGUGGGAGGAAAUAAAGCGCUCGGCAAAUCUUCCGACCUUCGCGAGUCUCAUGGACGACUUCAUGGAACCCGCAUCCGUAUCCAAAUGGAAGAGUUUUUACGACAGCAUUAAUCCAGAGGAGACUAAGCUUCCUAAGCCAUGGGAGCAACAUCUCAGUAAUUUUCAACAUCUCAUCAUUAUGCGUAUGAUCAGGCCUGACAAAGUUAUUCCUAAGGUGAUGAUUUUCGUUCAGAAAUCUAUGGAUUCUCGAUUCGUCACACCUCCAGCUUUUGAUAUUAGUCGCUCAUACGCCGACUCGAAUUGUCUUCUGCCUCUGAUUUUUAUUCUGUCUCCUGGAUCCGAUCCAAUGAGUGCUCUUAGUAAAUUUGCAGAUCUCUCUAAUUAUUCCUCACGAUUCUUCUCAAUAUCGUUAGGUCAGGGACAAGGGCCAAUUGCCCAAAAUCUCAUCAGAGAAUCACAAAAAGAUGGCAGCUGGGUUUGUCUGCAGAAUUGUCAUCUGGCUAUAUCAUGGAUGUCUGAACUUGAAAAGAUUUGCGAAAAUCUUGAUUACAGCAACACUGUAAAAAACUUUAGACUUUGGCUGACUAGCUACCCAUCCGAUAAGUUUCCCAUAACUGUAUUGCAGAAUGGAAUUAAGAUGACGAAUGAGCCACCGACUGGACUUGGACAAAAUCUUAUGAGAUCAUAUAUUUCGGAACCAGUUAAGGAUCCUGAAUUUUAUACUGGAUGUCCUGGAAAGGAAAAAUCUUUUACCAGAUUAUUAUAUGGACUUUGUUUCUUUCAUGCUGUUAUUCAAGAAAGAAGAAACUACGGAGCGCAAGGAUGGAAUAUACAAUACGGAUUCAAUGAGUCUGAUUUUCAAAUAUCUGCCAAACAAUUACAGAACUUCAUUAAUGAGUACGAUGACGUUCCAUUUAAAGCUAUUCUUUAUUUAACUGGAGAAUGUAACUAUGGCGGUCGAGUAACUGACGAAAGAGAUCGUCGUUGUCUAAAUACAAUUCUAGAUGAUUUUUACAAUCCAAAUGUUAUAAAAAAUCCAAAGUACACUUUCGCUAUAAAUGAGCCAAAAUAUUCUUUGCCGAAAAAAUAUGAUUACGUAGAUUAUAUAAAGCAAAUAGAAAUGAUUCCGACACACCCACCGCCAGAAUUACUGGGCUUGAAUAUGAAUGCUGGAAUUACUCGAGAUCUCGAGAUUUCUAAAAUGUUUUUUGACUCGUUAAAUAAAAUGGAAGGAGGGAUGAGUAUUGGCGAUUUGACGCGCCAAGAUGAAAUACUGUUGUCUAAAAAAAAUGAUAUAUACGAUCGUCUUCCCGAGGACUUUAACAUCGAAGAGGCCCUAGAAUUAUUCCCAGCCUCCUACUCUGAAUCCAUGAAUACUGUGCUUAUUCAGGAAUUGCAACGAUUUAAUAUUCUGCUUCAAGAAAUAAGAACCUCGAUGAUUAUGUUAGAGCAAGCUGUCAAGGGUAUGAUAGUUAUGACACCAGAUUUAGAGAUAUUAGCGGCUCAUAUAAUAUCCGGAAAAAUUCCACCUUCGUGGAGAAAAGCCAGUGCAUAUCCAAGUCUGAAGCCAUUAGCAAGUUUUGUCAACGACUUCUUGGAGCGACUUGCAUUCUUUCGCGAAUGGUUAACCGUUGGUAAACCAACGAUCUUUUGGAUAUCUGGAUUUUCUUUUGCUCAUGCUUUUUUGACCGGUGCAAUGCAGAACUAUGCCCGAAAAUAUAAGAUAUCGAUUGAUCUAAUCGAUUUUGAUUUCAAAGUUUUGCCAACGUACAAAGCCGACACGCCUCCAGAAAACGGCGUAUAUGUACGUGGCAUGUUCUUAAGUGGAGCUCGUUGGGACAUAAAUAAUAUGUAUUUAGUAGAGGCGAAACCUAAAAUACUUAACGAACCAAUGCCAAUUAUCUGGUUCAUACCUACAAAGCGUUCAGAUAUUCAAGUGAAAGAACGCUACGCCUGUCCACUUUAUAUAACAUCAGAACGAUUCGGUACCUUAAAGACAACUGGCCACUCUACAAACUACGUGCUUACAAUAUUGUUGGAUACUAAUAUCUCUAGUUCACAUUGGAUUAAACGAGGCGUUGCACUACUCUGCCAACUGGACGACUGAGGACGUGCUUUUUAUUUCUUUAUUUUAAAUUUAUCUUGUGCCUGAAUCGAGGAAUCAGAAUGAUAAAACUGGAAUUCAAACAGAAAUAAUACUCCAUAAUAAAUGGAUUUUUAAGAAAUGUUGAGAGGAAUGAGAUUGAUGUGUCUUCAAAAGUAGUAUAUAUAACGUAGGGCUGUCCAGUUUAAUCAUAUGAGGUGUUUGACCCGACUUGGCAUGUAUCUACGUACCUGCAGAGAUCUUACACGAUGAGCUUGCCAAUUUCUAUUUUUUUAUUCAUAUCUUGGCACACAAACACAAAUAUUUUUA